AGAGAAGCCGCUCCCUUUUCCAUCACGCUCGAACUACUUUCAAUCUAAUUGGACAAUAAUCUAUCCAAUCACAUUCCACGUUGCACGGCGGCCGCUCAAUUUUGAAAACCAAAAUGGCUACUGAGGCUGUUCAAGCGUUACUUGAAAGAUGCGACCAUCUACAUUUGGAAUUGUACGAUGUGGCAGAACAUCAGGAGGGUGGGGAAGCGGAGUUGAUGGUGCCCUACCUAACCGAAAGUCGAAGCAAACAGAAGAUUUUGUGCAGACAGUUGUUUGUGCUGGAUGACAUGAUGCAGCUUCUGGAGAGACUGGAGACAACUGACCAGCUGUUUAAUGAACCCUGCCCCCCAAACCCCGGCAACGAUGCUCACAGACGCUGGAAGGUCCUGAAGAGUGAAUAUAAAGAGGGAGUCCAGGAGGUGGAGACACUUAUUAGCACCUUACAGGACAGGAUGGACAAACUGCACCACAAACGGGACAGACUAACAAACCUGGUCAUAGCACUAGAGAAGAAGAAAGAUCUCAGCCUGCAGAUGGGGGAGUCCCUCAAGACGGCCCACAAUGCCUUGCGUGUAUGUGAGGUGCAGCUGGCCCAGCUGAGGGUGGAGACCGAUGCCACACUGGCCCGCUCGGCUGACUGGCAGCACUUGAGAGAUGCCCUGCAGGGCUAUGUGGAGGAGACACAAGGGGUGAUGCAGUGUAGGCUGUUGUCAGUGGGGUCCUCGGAGCUGUGUGUGGAACUGAGGCCCUGCUCCUGUGGAUCCUCCUCCUCUGGCCAGCUGGAGCCUCUCAGACUGACUGUCACUUGGAGCCCUGAUGACCACUUCCACCUCCAGGUGUAUCAGGGUACUACAGGGCUGUUAGUGGAGUCCAUGAAGAGUCGCCUUUCUCACCUCAGUGCUGCCCUGCUGGAGGUCAUGCAGUGCUACAUCAGCCAGGGAGAGAUGCUGGCUGAGAUCCAGACCCUACACUCCAGGUUUGCUAUAGACUGGCGUCCAGGCCAGAGACUGCUAGUGUUCCUGAAGACUGCCUCUAGGGUGUGCAACCUGGAGGUGGAGGAGGGCUACCCUUCCAGAGGCACAGCUACACUCAUCUCUGUACGCAGGGACGGUAAACUGGUCGACAACGCUGUCCUACAGCCUCCCAAGAAGACCCCCUCUCUGACAGAGUGGCUGGAGUUCCUCUCCUCCAGUCCGUACGUCUGACCAUCUUCUCUCGUUGACACAGAGGAAGUGGCUGUUUCUCUCCAUGGUCACCAAAGGGGCGCCCUUACCUCUAAUAUGUAAAUAUUAGGAAUGUAACAAUUCAAUGUGCAUUGAUCCUGGUUCAAAUGUUUAAGAUGCUAGUGCAUGGUUCUGCAGGACCCCAAACCAAUCCAAAUUUAGCAUGCAUCGGUCAGAAAACUGAUUUCAAAUGUUACAAUCGCCAGUUCAUUAAAGUUUUUCACUCAUUGUUUUAUUCAAAAAAUA